AUGAGCAGAAAGGGACUCGCGUCGUUCGACAACACCGAGGACCAACGGUCCAAGUUCCAGAACCUGGGUCAGGCGAUGUUGAAGCAGCGUGAGGAAGAGCUCAAGACGCAGGUCCAGGUGUUCCAGAACGCACUGGUGAGCUUUAAAGAGGAACAUAAGAACGAGCUAAUGGCCAAUUCGCAAUUACGAACGCAAUUCAGUCAGAUUUGUGAAAGUUUUGGUGUUGAUCCUCUAUACAUGACUGCUGAAGACGAUCUGGACCCCCAGGAGCGCAAUAACCGUCUGGCAAUCAGAAUAUACGAAAUAUGCCAAGCAACAAGAGAUCUCUAUGGAGGUAUCAUUUCUGUGGACGAGAUCAUUAAAAUCAUUACAGGUGCCAUCCAGGACGGCUGGCAAUUCAGGAUGGACCACAAGGACGUCGAGACUGCCGUUGAGAGUCUCAGUGUGCUGGGAGGCGAGCUCAAGCUGGUGAAAAUCGGCUCCAAAUCGUAUGUGAAGUCAAUUCUGCAGGAAUUCAGCGCCGACCAGACACAAAUUCUGACAGCAGCAGACGCAAUAGGUUACGUCACUGUUUCUCUGUUGCGCGACAACUUCAACUGGAAAAGCGCAAGAUGCAAAUCAAAUCUCGAUGACCUGAUCUCUAUAGGACUGCUCUGGCUAGAUACGCAGGGCCCAGAAAAGGCGUAUUGGUCAACCACUUGGAUCAACAAACCAGCUUAG